AUGGCAAAUAGUAGGCAAUCAUCUAAUGGGCAUACUUCCCAAUCUCCUAUUGACAAAGCCACUGGAAAACCCAUUUGUAUUGGUUAUAACAGAGGCAACUGUAGUCCUGUGUCGAUAUCUCCCCCUGCCUUUUCAUCUGCCUUAACAUUUUCGGAAUGGGAAUCUGAGCUUAAGGAUGAUCCAGACAAAGAAUUCUUGUUAGAGGGGAUUCGUGAUGGGUUCCAUAUCGUUUCACCAGAAAGUCGAUUCCAACCAGCACAUGUUGCCAAUUAUAAGUCUGCCACGGUGAGUUCUCGACAGCAGGUGGAAAAACAGCUUAGGUCAGAACUUAUUGACGGUCAUUACAUCAUAACCCCAACCAAACCCACUAUUGUUAGUGCAUUGGGGGCCAUCCCCAAACCCAAUUCUGCAGAUGUUCGCCUAAUUCAUGACUGCAGCCAGCCUGAAGGGAGAGCUGUUAAUGAUUAUGCCCCUCACGAUUCCUUCCAGUACCAAACCAUUGAUGAUGCCGUUAAUUUGGUUACUCCUGGCUGCUAUUUAUCUAAAGUUGACCUCAAGUCAGCAUACCGAUCAGUAAAAAUCCACCCUUCUAAUUACCCAGCCACCGGGCUUCAAUGGUUUUUUAAUGAGAAGGACAAUCCAACUUAUAUGACUGAUACCCGCCUUCCCUUUGGGGCACGCAGAGCUCCGUAUAUUUUCAACAGGCUUACCCAAAGUGUUAGGCGUAUGAUGGCACGGAGGGGUUAUGAUGCAAUGGUCGUCUACUUAGAUGACUUUCUCAUCAUCGCGCAGACUUACGAGUUGUGUGAACUGGCCUUGAAUACCAUUCUCCGCUUGCUCCGCCGACUUGGCUUUCGUAUUGCUUGGGGGAAAGUGGUAGGCCCCUCUCAGAAACUUACCUUCUUAGGGAUAGAUAUCGACACAGUACACCAAACGCUUCAGCUGCCUUCGCCAAAACUCGCGGAAUUUCUUUCCACAAUGCACGAUUUUUCAAAACGCAAACGCGCUAGCCGCCGUCAACUGCAAUGCCUUGCCGGCAAACUUGCUUGGGCCUGUCAUGUCAUCAAAGGAGGUAGAACUUUCCUCCGGCGUGUACUUGAUGACAUUUACACUCUCAACAAAAGCUCUCACAAAAUUUUGCUUUCACACGAAUUCCAGCUUGAUAUCAAUUGGUGGCUUAAAUAUCUUGCAUAUUUUAAUGGUACGCACAAAUUUAUAGACCCCCGUCCAAUUACCGAUGUGCACAUGGAUGCAUCUACUGAGGCCUCAGGCAUUUUCUAUAGGGGUGACUGGCAAUACACCCAAUGGGGCCUGGACUGGCCAGAAGCCUCAACCUUGCAUAUAAACCACAAGGAAGUGCUCUCUGUGGUACUUGCAUCUCGACGCUGGGCUCCGCGUUGGCGCAAUUGUACAGUUCUCAUCCAUACGGACAGUAUGGUAGCGCUAGCCAAUAUUAACAAAGGCACAUCCCGUCAUAGGUUAGUGAUGGGUGUUUUACGCGAGCUGUUCUGGUUAUCGGUUUGUUAUAACUUUAACAUAUCAGCUAUUCAUGUUCCGGGCAAGCUUAAUCAUAUCCCAGAUGCCAUCUCGCGCUUGCAUCAGCCAGGCCAGUAUGCUCGGUUAUGUGGCCUGCUUGCUCCAUUUCAAAACCGCACCACCCAUUUUACAUCUACCCCAAGCCUUCAGCAGCAUAUGUCUCAUGCUAGUUUCUGUCACCUCCUUCCACAGAUUCUAAAUUGGAAAGGUUGGAACAAGAACUUGAUGUGGAAAUUGCCAUGUAUAGAGGAAACACCUUUGCAGCCUCAACUAAAUCCACAUACUCCACCCACCGUCGUGCCUACCUCGCCUUCUGCAUUCAAUUUGGAUACGCUCCAGUCCCAGUAA